AUGGAAAAAUAUUUGGAAUAUUUAAUGGGAAAGAUUAUAUGUCGUAAGAAAAUGAUAAUGCAAUUGUAUUCUCUAAUUGGUUAUUCCGAUGAACCAAUGCCACAUAGCAUAUUUAUUUAUGGUCAUGUAGGUACUGGAAAAUCUCUAGUAGUACAAAACAUGCUCUCCUACUUAAAGUAUAAUGUAGCUAUAAUUAAUUGUAUAGAACAUGUGAAUAACAGACAUAUAUUUAACUAUAUUCUAAGUGAUUUAUCAUUACAUUUUAAUAAUUUUUCAACUAAUAAUCAAGCACAAUAUAAGUGUGAUAAUUUUAUUGAUUUUAUAACAAGUCUUAGAGAAGUUUUUACAAAUGAUACUCGUCCAAUUAUAAUAGUACUUGAUAAGUGUGAUAGACUGCGUGAUAUUGAUGUUGAUUUAUUAUCUGCAUUUUCAAAACUUAAAGAAUUAUCAAAAGUUAAUGUUUGUGUAAUAUUUAUGAGCGAUGUAAUAUGGGAAAAGUUCCGUGUCAAAAUAGGUAUAUAUGAGCCAUUUAAAAUUCAUUUUUCACAGUAUACACGACAUGAAUUCAUUGAAAUUUUAUUCUUAAUUAGGCCAUAUGGUUAUGAAGAUACAUUUUAUAGAAAUUAUUUAAAUUUAUUUCUCUCUGUAUUUUUUCGAUUCUGUCGAGAUCUCAAUGAACUUCAUUAUAUGGCCAAAAUAAAUUUUUCUAAAUACAUAGAACCUAUUAAAGUUGAUCAAUUUAAAAAAAAUGACACUGCUUUGUUAUGGAGAAAUGUUUCUGCUACUUUUAAAGCAAAUUUAGAAGUUAUAUAUUUGCGGGUGUCUUCUGAAAAUUUCACAAAACAUAAUGAAUUAUCUAAGGAUAUUGAGUCAACAGUAAGAUUGGCAUUAAGUUUUGAAUUACCAUAUUAUGCAAAAUAUAUGUUGAUUGCGUCAUAUCUUGCUUCUUAUAAUCCUAUAAAGGAAGACAAAUAUCUCUUCAUGAAACAAAAAUUUAAGAAAAAAAAGAAACUGAGUGGCAAAAAGAAGAUGAUAUUAGACGUCUCUUGUGGACCUUACAAUUUUCCAGUACCUAGAAUGAUUGCAAUUUUCUGUGCUAUCCUCAAUGAAAAGGUUGAUAUAAAUGCGAAUUUACUUGCACAGAUUCCAUCUAUGUGCCAACUUGGUUUAUUAUCAAUUGUUGGAAAUUAUAAUCUGAAUGAACCGAAGCUCAAGUGUUGUGUAUCUUAUGAUUUUAUACUUGUAAUAGCUAAAACUGUUGGAUUUAACAUACAAAACUAUUUAUAUAAUCUUAUACAUUAA